AUGGGGGCCGGAGGCAGCGCUGAGGAUAAGCACUCCAGGGAGCUGGAGAAGAGGCUGAAAGAGGAUGCAGACAAGGACGCCAGGACCGUCAAGCUGCUGCUACUGGGUGCUGGAGAGUCGGGCAAGAGCACCAUUGUCAAGCAGAUGAAAAUUAUCCACAAAGAUGGUUACACCCUGGAAGAGUGCUUGGAGUUCAUUGUCAUUAUAUACGGCAACACGCUAUCGUCUAUCUUGGCCAUUGUGAGGGCCAUGACCACUCUCAACAUCGGCUAUGGAGAUAGCGGUGCAGCUGAUGAUGCCAGGAAGCUAAUGCACUUGGCGGACACCAUCGAGGAGGGCACCAUGCCAAAGGAAAUGGCAGACAUCAUCCUGAGGCUGUGGAAAGACUCGGGAAUCCAGGCGUGCUUCGACAGGGCCUCAGAGUACCAGCUGAACGACUCGGCUGGAUAUUACCUUAACGAUCUGGAGCGGUUAGUUCAGCCUGGCUAUGUCCCCACUGAGCAGGAUGUGCUGCGUUCUCGAGUCAAGACCACUGGUAUCAUCGAGACCCAGUUCUCCUUCAAAGACCUCCAUUUCAGAAUGUUUGACGUGGGUGGCCAGCGCUCCGAGAGGAAGAAGUGGAUCCACUGCUUUGAAGGUGUCACCUGUAUCAUCUUCAUCGCCGCCCUCAGCGCUUACGACAUGGUGCUGGUGGAGGACGAUGAAGUGAACCGAAUGCAUGAAUCGCUCCACCUGUUCAACAGUAUCUGCAACCAUCGUUACUUCGCAGCCACCUCCAUCGUACUCUUCCUUAAUAAGAAAGAUGUCUUCACAGAGAAGAUCAAGAAGGCCCAUCUCAGCAUGUGCUUCCCUGAGUAUGAUGGACCCAAUACAUAUGAGGAUGCUGGUAACUACAUCAAGAUGCAGUUCCUGGACCUGAACCUGCGGCGAGACAUCAAGGAAAUCUACUCCCACAUGACCUGUGCUACGGACACACAGAACGUCAAGUUUGUGUUCGAUGCCGUGACAGACAUCAUCAUCAAAGAAAAUCUCAAGGACUGUGGUCUCUUCUAA